UUGAGUGGGAAUAUGCCAGUGAUUCAAUUCAGGGGAAGUAGUUUGAUAUUUGAGGGGAGUACGAGAGAUUCUAUUUUUGAUGAAGAAUGUAGUAUUUAAUGAUAUCAAAUAGAAGUCUAUUAAACCUCUCCUUGCAUCAGAGUGCAUUUAAGGAACUUGGUGAUUAUGGCAUGUAAUGUUGAGAACUUUCAAAAUUAAGGGGUGUUCAUUACAUUUGAUAAGUCGCUAACAAUAAACGAUACAAUAUUGAAGGGAUUUUAAGUAUAUGUUGAUUGUGAGAACAACGGGACGAAAUUGAGUAUGAAUCAUUCGAUAAUUAAGAGUGAUUGUUAAUAGCAAUAAUAGCCAGUUUUGAUUCAUGCCGACAACCUCGGAGAAUUUGCGAUGGAACUUACAAAUUCAAUAAUAGAAGGUAGUUUAGUCAUUAUGACAAAUAGUAAGAAUGUGGAAAUCACAAUUAAGGAUAAUGAAUUUAAAAAUUAGUAAAUUUCUAUUUCAUUUGAAAAUGUCAAGAAUAAAUCAAUCACAAUCCAAAAGAACAUAUUUUACCUGUCUCGCGAUUAUGGCAUCAAAAUUUCUGAUGUUCUUGUGGAUAAAUUGCAGUUAUUCAAAACACAAUCACCAAAUGUCGAAUUGGAAUCUAUCUAUACAAUGUGAUAGAAGUAUGCCCCUUAAUUCAACACAUUAAACCAAUCUCCCUCAAUUA